AUGGUGCUUUCUGAGGACAGGUACAAAUUUCGUACGCCUGGAGCAGUCCACCAUGCCCGCUUUAUGGCAAAAGGUAUCUACUACCUAAAACUCCAACUUAUGAUGGAUGCUAUACCUAGUCUGGAAAAAUGGCUGAAGCAUGAAAUUACUAAAGUGGUAACUUUUGUCUCUGUUUUUUAUACUACCUGGUUUCUCAAAGCUGAACUAUCCGCUGCUGCUCCGAAUCAGGAUAUGAGAGCGCUUUGGCAAAUGAAUAGGUUUAAGGAGUACAAUUUGAUUGGGGCAGAAUCAGUCAUUAAAUCUAUCAAACGCCACACAUGGUUUCUGGACCCUUACCUUAUUGUACUAGCUCUAGCUGAUAAAAAAUGUAAAGAAAGAGGUGAUAUUGCUCAAAAACUAUACGGCUAUGAAUUUCAUAGUAUGGAUGAAUAUCCGUUAGUCCGAAUAAGUGCUAACAUAGAGGUCCUCAAUUCUUUAGACUUCAGUGGACCGAAGCCUCCCAGCUUAGUUCAUUUGGUCACAGAAAAUUCGUGGCUAUUGUUCCUUAUGAUAGGUCAAAGUAAAAGUGACUGUCAAUUUAUGAAAACCCCUCCAGAAUAUUGGACUUGCAACGAUUUCUACUUAAAAUUUCAGGAGGCAGUUUUUAAUCUUUCAGUUGUUAAUGAUUGCUAG